AAGAUGUCUAACAGCAGCUCCAUCACCCAGUUCCUCCUCCUGGCAUUGGCAGACACGCGGGAGCUGCAGCUCUUGCACUUCUGGCUCUUCCUGGGCAUCUACCUGGCUGCCGUCCUGGGCAACGGACUCAUCAUCACCACCGUAGUGUGUGACAAACAUCUCCACACCCCCAUGUACUUCUUCCUCCUCAACCUGUCCCUUCUUGACCUGGGCUCCAUUUCUACCAUUGUCCCCAAAGCCAUGGCCAAUUCCCUGUGGGAAACCAGGGCCAUCUCCUAUGCAGGAUGUGCUGCCCAAGCUUUUCUCUUUUUAUUUUUCAUUUCAACUGAGUAUUUUCUCCUCACUGUCAUGGCCUAUGACCGCUACGUGGCCAUCUGCCAGCCCCUGCACUACGGGACCCUGCUGGGCAGCAGAGCUUGUGUCCACAUGGCAGCUGUUGUCUGGGGUAGUGAUGUUCUCUAUGCUGCGCUGCACACGGCCAAUACUUUCUCACUGCCACUCUGCCACGGCAAUGCCCUGGGACAGUUCUUCUGUGAAAUCCCACAGAUCCUCAAGCUCUCCUGCUCACACACCUACCUCAGGGAAGUGGGGCUUAUUGUGGUUAGUGCCUUCAUAGCAUUUGGCUGUUUUGUUUCCAUCAUGCUGUCCUACGUUCAGAUCUUCAGGGCUGUGCUGAGGAUCCCCUCUGAGCAGGGACGGCACAAAGCCUUUUCCACGUGCCUCCCUCACCUGGCCGUGGUCUCCCUCUUUCUCAGCACUGGCACAUUUGCCUACCUGAAACCCCCCUCCGUCUCCGCCAAAUCUCUGGACUUGGCGGUCUCAGUCCUGUACUCGUUGGUGCCUCCAGCAGUGAACCCCCUCAUCUACAGCAUGAGGAACCAGGAGCUGAAGGACGCACUGAAGAAGCUGAUGACAUCAUGUGUGUUUAACAUUCCAUCUAUGACAAUCAUGGUUUUACUUCAAUUCCCUAAAGAGGACAAGCUGCUCAGGAAUGUGAAGAGCAGUGCCAGUCUUGAUUGUAGUGACUAUGAAAUUGUGGAGUCUCUGAUGCCCAGUCCAAAGAAAGAUUACAGCCUUGCAAGAACAAGCCAAAGCCGGUUCUGCGGUUUGGACAAAGAGCAGGACGUUACUGAGCCUGCGCCAGGUGUGGGGGCAACUAGCGGUCACGAGGAAGACUCACCUGCCUUCAUCCUCAGGACUCCUGACGACCACCACCAGGGGACACUGCGCAAACUCAGUUGA